GUCUUCCUGUGCGUUUUAUCAUGUCAACGCUUGGCAUGGCUUAACUUCCUGUUAUGAUUAGAUUUGCAUGUCAGAGUCAGGUAGGUUAUACUUUUAAAUAAAUAAUUUAAAAAAUGUGUAACUUGAACAUACGAAAUUAUCUUUCAAAAUAAAUAAUGUAUUACAUGUCAUACCCAAUUUAAAUAAUUAUCUAACUUUUAAGUUUAUUUGUGUUUGCUACUUGCAGCGAUCGUUGUACUUGGCUAGCAUGGGCACCCGCAGGGGGGGCAAGGGGGGGGGCACUUGCCCCCCCCCUGGAUUGAUUGGAUAAAAAGAAUUUAGACAAAAAUAGACAAAAAAUGUAUUAAAUAAAGAGAAAAUAAAGAGAAAGUAACUAAGCUGAUGUCCUGUCCGUUCGUUCACCAUACAAAUACGCUACAGUAAAUUAAAACUACAUUAAAACAUUGCUAUACAUUUUUUGCUCCCCCCCCCCUGGAAAAUUAAUUGAUUCUUUUGCCCCCCCCCCCACUAGAAAGUUUUCUGCGGGCGCCCAUGUUGGCUAGAUUUACUUUUAUAGCAGUGACAAAAACAUUAUUUUUAUAAUAGUUGGAUGACAUGCAAUAAUUUCAUAAUCUCAGAAAGUAAGGUAUAAUAUUUUUAAUGAUUAGAAUUUAAUUUUGUGGGUUCAAACAUUUAGAAGUCCGUUGGUCCCUUAUAUAAUGUUAUAUAUUAAAACGUUUGAUUUAUAUAUCUAGGAUUGUUAUCAUUGUAACUAUUUGAUAGUUUUAAUGGAACUCUGAAAAAUGAUUUCGUGAACAAUUGAAUUGAUUUUCUUUUAUACAUAAAAGAUUCAUAUAUUUUUCAAUAUGUAAUAUUACAUUUAUUAGAGUAUACUUUUUAAUCACUUGACUAUGUUUUAUUGGUUUGUUGUUUGCUUGAUUUUUAUUUAAAAAGAAGAAAUGAUACUCAAAUUUAUUACCCUGAGAAACAAAGAUUUGUAAAAAUAUGUUAAAUACUCUUAGAUACUUUAUAUGACACUAAUACGUACUAAUAAUAUAUAUUUAACCAAUCAGAUACAAGGACAUAUGGCAAUCAGAAGUCUACAGACAUGGUGCUGUUAUUUUUAUCUGUACUUCUUCAAAUAAUAAUUGUAAAUGGUGGAACAGUGGAUUUAACAUUACAAAGUGAUAACUUUACAGGUUUGAUCAAUUUUACAAGCGAUAGCUAUACAGGGUAAGCUUGUUUACAAAUCAUAUGUUUUACACCAAUAUACAUUUACUCAAACAAACAAAAAUCACUUAGAAAAAUAUUAAAGCACAUAUAAUUCGUGUAAUUUAUUAAGAAAAUUUGAUGACACAAUACAAAAUGUUGCUAUGCUUUUUUUUAAUUUUAAUAAUUAAUAACUCACUUUUUAUUUAUUGCCACAGAUUUUUUUCGAAAUUAGUUGAAUCUCAGUUACCAGUUUGCCAGUUUAGUUACGCAUUUGGAGGAAGCAAUUUAAACGUGCCCAGCACAACUUGCUCAUCUCUUAACAUCACUGAUUAUGGGGAGUCAUUUGAGUGUGGUGAAGUUAAUUCAACUAUUUUUGAAUGCAAUCGGAUGGAGAAAAAUAGUUCAUGUGAGAAUAAUACAUCGUGGUUUGUUUUUUACAAUUCAAACGACAAAGUUAUUAAACGAUGUGUCGGGAUAUAUUUAACUGGCAUCAAUGAAACUGUCAGUGUUCGGUAUCAAGAAAAUAUAACAACAGUUCCUGAAUAUGCUUGCCCGAGACCAGGAUGUACUACAAAUGCAGCACUACCAACAGCUGCAUACACCAUAUCCGAAACGCAAACAUCUACAAUUGUCGUCGUCGCUACAUCUCAUAUGACAACUCGGUCAACUCAACCAAUUCUAGAUAACUCCACCAUCUAUAUAAACGACGAAUCGAACAAAAAUAUCAAAGACUUCAUCCCAUUGAUCGCGGGCAUUUGUACCGGUGGGGGUGUUCUAAUCAUAGUCAUUUUCGUUGUGAUCGUUGCUUGUGUGAAGAGGAGGACUACGAAGAAAAGCAAUAAUCCUCACAGGACAACUGAAAGUGAUCACUACGUUGGAGAUACACGUAUUGUGUAUGAUAUAUCCGAUGAGAAAAUACGUGAUAAUUCUAUUCACAAUGGCAGAGAACCGUCUAAAAUUUCUGGCAUUGAAUUUGACGUUAUGGGUGAUUUCAAGGCAGCUGGCAAUGACAGUACGCAAACUAAUCAUAAAAAUGUGUCUCUUAAUAAGCCCAUUUAUUUAGAGACCGACCAAGUUGACCAGGUACACUCUGACGUAAACAAUAAAAAUAACCCAGCCUAUUCAUUUAUUGCAUAUGAUAAGGACACUGGCGAUUUUGAGGUCAGCGUCCCAAAAUUAGAUAACCAGCCAAAUGACAAGACUUCAACCACAAGCUUUUUGCACUCAAAUGAGAUUGACACUGGAUAUGAACUAGUAGGUUGGAGCGAUAAACCCCUGAGGAAUAUAUACGCAAGGCUCGGAGAAAGUGUUAGAGAGUUUGAGAACCCCUAUAACGAAACAUUAAACAGUGAUUUUAAUUUAAAGGAAACGGAUUCUGAACAUGGAAAUGUCGAAACAAACCUUAGGCACGAUAUGCUACAUAAUUUAGACAUUUCACCUGGACCAGACAAUGUAAUUGCAAUUGAAGGACUCAGUGACGUUUAUGCUCAAGUAAUAUAAACAAAACCCCCAGAUGUUGCUAAUUCAUACUUAUAGUAUUUUGUUGAUUUAAAAAAAAAUUAAUUUCAAUAUAUUUGACAUAUUAUGUUAGGAAAAUAUAUUAUGAAACGUACUAUGAGUUAUUGAUCUCAAGAAAUAGCAUCCUAAAAUUCUUUGCUCAAACUUAUCAUAUUUCUUCGUAAUUUUACGUGUUAAUUCAUGAAAUGAUAUGAACUUGUAAUAAUUAUUCAAUGACCUUGUAUGGGUGAAAUUAUAAAAACAGCCAGUAAUACGCCAUGCCUUUGUUGAGCCAACAGAUGCACGGCUAACACAGCGGAUUCUGUUGUCAUGUUCUGCAGACUGUGGAAUAGAAUUAAACGUGUGAAAUAUUGGUGGUACCAUUUCACUACGCUAGCCCAUGACACAUUUAGUUUUUGUUUAGUUGCGUUACGGUUCACGGCACGUGAGACACCCGGCCAGAAAAUUUUAAUGGUGUGUUGUCGAUCAAGGUAUAAAGACGGAGCUGGUAAGUUGACUAUGAUAACAUCUCAACAGCUGACCUGUGUGGCAUCGUGAGAAUUAUAAAAAGAAAUAUUACCGGGAGUACUCUCUUAAUUAUUGACCUCAUAGUUAACAUUUUAGUGAUUGCCUUAAUAUAGUUAGCCAAGAAUAGGGACAUGUUUAGUUCACGAUAUCUUUGAUUGUUUAUCCAAGAAAUAAAUUGGUUACUCAAUAUCGCUACAGGGUCAUCAUAAAUAAAGAUCAUUAGAAAAAGCUACUUUAUGUAGAUGAGAAGAUUUAUGACUUGAGUUAAAUUAUGGAAUACUUACGUCUUUAUCAGCAACAAUAUUUACAUAUGAUAUUCCCUUCUCCAGUGGUUCUCAAAUUACUAAUUGAAAGAAGUGCUUUGUUUAAUAGUGAGAGAACCCUUUUAAACGAAACACAUAAUAAAACAUACUUUGAAAACAAUCAAGUUGCUAUUUUACCAUAAACAAAGUUUAAAUUUUUUGUCA